CUUCAUCUUGUUUAGGUAGCUGUCUCUCCCUCUCCAGCCUUUGCUUAGGUUUUGAUCUCUGAGUUCCUUGAUCAUGGCCGGCAUCGCCUUUGGGCAAUUUGACGACUCUUUCAGUGUCGGCACACUCAAAGCCUACCUCGCCGAGUUCAUCUCCACUCUUCUCUUCGUCUUCGCCGGCGUCGGAUCAGCUAUCGCUUACAACAAGCUGACGUCGAGCUCAGCUUUGGAUCCUGCCGGGCUGGUCGCGAUCGCUGUUUGCCAUGGUUUCGCGCUCUUCGUGGCGGUGUCGGUCGGCGCCAACAUCUCCGGCGGCCACGUGAAUCCGGCGGUCACCUUCGGGCUGGCUCUGGGAGGCCAGAUUACCAUCCUCACUGGGAUCUUCUACUGGGUCGCGCAGUUGCUUGGAGCUGUCGUUGGAGCUUUUCUCGUCAAGUUCGCGACAGGACUGGACACCCCCACCCAUGGCCUGGGAGACGGAGUGGGAGCAGGAGAGGCGGUGGUGAUGGAGAUCAUCAUCACCUUCGCCCUCGUGUACACGGUGUACGCGACGGCGGCCGACCCGAAGAAGGGCUCGCUCGGCACCAUCGCCCCCAUAGCCAUCGGCUUCAUCGUCGGCGCCAACAUCCUCGCGGCGGGCCCCUUCUCCGGAGGGUCGAUGAACCCGGCGCGCUCCUUCGGGCCGGCCGUCGCCAGCGGGAACUUCUCCGACCUCUGGAUCUACUGGGUCGGUCCCCUCAUCGGUGGCGGCAUCGCCGGGCUGGUGUACACCUACGCCUACAUGUGCUCAGACCACCAGCCACUCCCUCAGUGACCUGCAAGCAAGCUCAGCUGAAUAAGAACGAGAGAUAUGAGCUGCUGAGUGCUUGAUGUUGCUUGUGUUUUGGAAGUCUGAAGCCAAUUUGCUUGUGUGUUUCUCUGAGCUUCUUAAGAUUUCCAGUGUCAUCUUCUUGGCAAUCAAGUUCUUAUUCACCUUUGACUCAGAA